AUGACGACAAAAAGGGAGCCUGAAGUAACACACGAAUCUGAGUCUACGACAAAACCUGCUGACGAGUCUGAAUCGACAACAUCAGCAGAGGUUGAACCCACAGAGCGUGUGACUGUUAAGCCAGAGGUGGAGAGUACAACUGAAGGCAGGUCUGAAGUGACGCUAACAAGAACGAGUAAACCUGAGGAAAAUACCACCAAAGCAGUUUCAGUUGCACCCAAAAGCCCUGAAGUUACAGGACAGCCUAUUGAUCCGUGUUUCUCAGAUCCGUGCGCUGGCAAAGCAAACAGUGAAUGCAUCUCCAAGGAUGAUGGGUCGUACACAUGUUCCUGCAUAGCUCUUUACUAUGAAUCAAACGGCCAGUGUGUAGCUUCCUCAACAUUCAAGUGCCGUCUACGUGUCACUAGGAUUCAGACCUUGCAGGCAGAGUUCACUGCUGAGCUGGCAGACCCAACGUCUCAGGAUUUUCAGUCAAUGGCUGCCGACAUGACAUCUGUCAUUGAUAGUAUAUUCAUGGGGAGCCGUAUGUCAAACCAGUACCUUGGCUGCACCAUUUUUGGAUUUUCAAGCGGCUCAAUCAUCGUGGACUACAUUGCUCACAUUGACGAUGUCGAACCAACCAAUUCCACUGUGGUGGAGUCUGCAUUCACAGAGUCUUACAUGCAAAGUGCAAACGACGGGAGGCUUAACGUCACUGCUGAUGUUGCAGCUAGCGGAGUCACAGAUUUUGAUGAGUGUCUAUCCACCACGACCAAUGAUUGCUCGGUCAAUGCCAGCUGCAUCAACAUUGAGGGAGCGUUCACUUGUGAAUGCCACUCUGGACUUGUUGAUUUGGCCCCGACAAAACCAGGACGAUUCUGCGCAGCUCCUCAACCUAAAGUGUGCGACAAUCAAGCUGAUAUAGACUGCUCACCGUAUGCUGCCUGUUACGACACUGACACACGCCCAGAGGGUUAUAGCUGCCAGUGCCUCUCUGGCUUCCGUGAUCAAUCCCCAAGUAUCAGCCUCAUGCCGGGUAGAGUCUGUGAAGAAAUUUGCCCUUCCAGUAACUGUUUCAACGGAGGUUCCUGUGUGAGUGUUUAUGAGACUGGAGAAACAAUAUGCAGAUGUCCAGAGGGCUUCGACGGGACCAAAUGUGAGAAUGUUGUUGAAUCAGGAUUAUCAGAAACGCUAAUCCUAGUGAUUAGCCUGAUCUCUGUCGCCAGUCUGAUCCUAAUCGGGAUUACUCUCCUCCUCUGCUUCACCUUCUACCAUCGUCACACCAAGGAGAGCAUCAAGAAGCUGUCUCUGAGGUCAACGAGCAGAAGAGGGGAGCCGUCUCGCUUCAUGCAGGAUGCUGAUGUAUGGGAUCCAAUCAUCAUGGAUGAUAGAUCGAGUAGUCAUGGUAGCAGUAGUCAGCAGACUCUCAGAGAGCCUCGACACAACCAGCAGAUGACAACUUUCUCUGAGCAGGUACGUCAUGACAGCCAUGACGACGGUAUCAGCAAUCUGGAUUUCAUCGACGAAGAAGUGGAGUCAUUGGCCAGGACAAACACAACUGCUAUGAGCAAACUGCCAGAGGUUGAGGUAAGAUCACUGAUCCUAAACUGA